AUCUGUAUUGUGUGUGUUUGUGUGUACGAGGCCAGGUAUUUAAAAGCAGGGCUACUCGGAGAGACUCUCAGAGACUUCAGGCAGAGGAAGGAAAAAGACAAACGAGAUGAAGACUCUCAUCGCUGUGCUCCUGUGCACUGCUCUGUGCUGGGACGGGCUUAACGCUCUGUGCCCUGACCCUGCCACCUUGACGGACGUCAACGGCGGCAAGGUCUGCGCCCGCAUGUUCUCGCGCAGCACCGUCAUCUACGCGCAGAGCUGCGUAGGCGACAGCCUCGAUUCCUACUCCGGCGACGAUAUACCCACUAUCAGCUUGCUUUGGAACAACCGCGUCUCAGCGCUCGUCGUGAGCCGGUUCUGCUCCCUCACCGUCUGGUCCCGCUUCAGGAAGCAGGGCGUCAAGCGCAAGUUCAGCGCUGGCAUCCAGCACCGCCUGAAGGACGUGGGGCAGGGGCUGGGGAUACUCCGCGACUGGGACAACGACAUCUCUGGAUACAUGUGUGAAUGCUAGAAGCAAAGAGGGGCUAAGCGCGAUUUACUCUCACUGGAGAGAGAUUGAUUGGAUGGUGUGAGAGAAGGAGAAAUGAGAAAGAAGAAAGAAAGAUGAAUGCACUAGAAGACGAAUGUGCUGAAAGAUGCUUGUAAAAGUGUUCUGUUGUGUGGGAAUCCAAUAAAACUCUUCACUGCUUGUGA